AACAUAUUGAUAUUCUGCCGCUGCUUUGAUUUAUUCAGUCCCAUCAUCUUUGGCAAGGUCAUUAUAAACCAAGAACAAUGAGUGAUUCCCAACAACAACAACAACUGCAACAAUCGCCAACAAGUUUUACCGAUAGAAUUUAUUUGGAUGUGCUAAAGAGAGAAUUUAAUAUUACGAAAGGUGUGGAACAAUUCUCUACAAAACAAUUGACGGAAUUGAUUAGAGUGUUACGAUUGAAUGCUUCAACAUUCAAUUUAAAUGGAGGAGUAGCAACAACAAACAAUGCAAUGCAUCACCAACAACAACAAAUAAUUUCGGAAUGAAUCCACCACCAACACUGUCACCUUCCAAACCAAUUCAUCAACCACACUUUUAUCAACCAACACAAAGUAAUACUCCACCACAUCAACAACAUCAACAUUCUGGAUCAUAUUCUCACAAUAAUCAAUACAGUAAUAUGCCUUCUCCUCAAAAAGCAUCUCCUAUGAAAAGACCACACUCUUCUAUAGAGGUUAUUUCUUUAGAUAAUAGUCCUGUGACAUCGAAUGGAGUGACUGAUGAUGUUAUUUUCGUAAAGGCAGAAGUAAAACCUGAAAUCACAACACCAACAAAGAGGAGAAAUGGACGCAAAGCAACACCAGGUUCUUCCCCAAUGUCCUCGACAAGUUUAACAUCACCAGGAACUGUCUCUCCAAUGUCAACUACAUCAUCACAAGGAGGAUUUACAACUCCAACAAAACAAACUGAUAGAAAGAAUAUUCUAGGUCCAUAUCUUGAUGGAUCAUUCAAGGCAGAACAACAACCAAUUCAUACUCCACUCAGUAGUAAUGCAUCCUUAUCAUACUCUCAAACAGCAUCAUCACAUGUUCCUACGCCAACCUUUAAUGAUUUGGCAAAUCUUCAUUUGGAUCAAUAUUCCCAACUUUUAUUCUCUCCUUCGACCACUGUUCCUCUCUCACAACUUAAUAUCAAUUCUCCUAGAUCUUCAAUAACACCAUCAAGCUCACAAAUUACUGGAAUAUCAACACAGACCAGCUCACAACAAGUAGUACGUCCAUCGUCACCAGAAUUGAAAAUUACAAAUGCUGCCACACCAAAGGCCCAUUCUGAAAAAAAGAAAUCUAGGAAAAAGAAGGACUCCACUCCAGCUCAACCAGUUUCAACAACAACCAUUCCUGCUGAUAGUCCACUUGCAACCAUGACAUCUCCACCUGUUGAUUCAACUGAAAAGAGAAAGAAAAAGUUUGUUUCUUCGUGUAGUGAAAAACUAUUGGAUAGAAUUCAAAGAGCAUUAACUCAAAGACUUUUCCUAAUUGGCAGAAAGGAUAAAAAGGAAUAUGAGGAAACCUUUGCAGUAUUCGGUACAACUGGCAAUGUUUAUGAUGUACAUGUUUGUCAAGUUCCAACUUGUAGUUGUCCAGAUUUUAAGAGAGGAAAUUUCUGCAAACAUAUUCUAUUUGUUUAUUUGAGAGUUUUGAGAAUACCAGCCACUCAUUAUGUAGUCUACCAAAAGGCAUUAAUGAAAUCAGAGUUAGAAGCCAUUUUUGCACAUGCUCCUAAGGUAUUGUCACAAUCUCUGAAAGCUAGCGAUCAAGUUAUUCAGAGCUAUAAUAAUUUAAUGAGCCAAGAUACUUCUCAAUUAACUAUUGGACAACAAAGAAAAACACUUGCUGGAUCUCAUUGUCCAAUUUGUUAUGAGGAUUUCGUUCCUGGAAAGGAAAAGACAGAUCACUGUCUUGUUUGUGGAACUAAUGUACAUGAGGAAUGUUUCAAAGCAUGGAAGAGUUUCGAUAAGAAUUGUCCAUGUCCUGAAUGCAAAACUCCACAAUUUGGAAAGGGUCAAUCUUCAGUCCUGGCAACAAGUGAAGGAUAUUGUAAUCUAUCUCAAUACCAACCAAACACACCAAAAUGUAGAUAAAUUAAUUUAUUAUCAAUC